UGACUCCUAUCAAACGGUCUUGUUUCCUCCGAUGAAAUCCCAGCAAAUCUCGUCCAUUGAUUUUGCCGUGUGGUGGAAAAUACAAGUAAAGCUUGCUUCUCUUCUUCUUUUAGCCACUCUUCAAUCGAUCCCUCGAAGUAUCCCCACCGCCGUGCUGCCGCCGCUGCGCAUCUCCCUCUCCUUGCUUAUCUCCGGCGUGUUCUUCUUUGUCGGUGCCAUUGGGAUCGUCUUCGCCAUUAUCGUGCUCCUUCACCCCCCGCGGACUGUGCAGGUUUCGGUGUUCCAGUGUGGGAGAGCUGAGGACACGCUUAGGAACUUCCGGUCGAGAUCUAGCGUUGGUGGUGGUGCUGGGUUGGAGGAUCGACCGAAGCUGCUGGGCUUCGUCGGGGUGCAGACGGGGAUUGGAUCCGCUGAUCGUCGGGCUGCGCUUCGGAGCACUUGGUUCCCUUCCGAUCCGGAGGCUCUAACUCGAACUAAGGCUGAUCCUGUUAUUCUGGCUGAGUAUGUGGUGGCAUUACUGAGGAAUGACAAGCCCAAAAAGGAACUGCAGAAGCUGUGCGCCGAUAGCUUGGUUGAGUUUCUGGGGCCGAGUAUGUUCAUUCUUGCCUCUUGUAUUAUAGGCUUCUUAGGUUGUCCUAGAAAAUCUUCAAGAUGCACAUGGAAGAGAGGCAUUUCUCCACUAGCUACUGUACGCUUGUUACCCAGCAUCAGUUAUCAGUUCUUGGAGAUAUGAUAGAUGGUUUGCAAUUGAAUCUAUUGACCAAAAGAAUGGAAGUCCACCACCAAAGUGAUUUCCAAGUGAUCCAACCCACACACAAUAUGCAAUCUUCUCAUGCCAAAGUUGUGAUACAAAUGUGCAUAGAUAACCUGGCCUACUACUACAGGUGCUGAACACUCAGGCCUACAAAGUGGAUGAGUGGUGUCUGGCCAUGCAAAUAAAUUUCCUCACAAACUUUAUGGCAUUGGAUUUUUGUGUGGAUGCUCAUGAAAAGAAGGCAAAGGGCAACACCAGCAAGAUGUUUGUGCCUUUUGGUAAAGGCCUUUGUUGACCCACAAAGUAUGUUUUGGAAAAGCAGGAGAAAAAGAGUGAUGGGAGUGUGGCCCUUAUCUAGGGCACAUUGUUUAUUUAUAUGUAAACUCUAUUUUUAAA